AUGAGGAAGGACCAUGAGCAAGCAUGGAAGCAAUAUGGUUGUACACUAAUGUCAGAUGGAUGGACUGAUAUGAGAGGGCGUCACUUGAUUAAUUUCCUUGUGAACAGCCCUGAGGGAACGUAUUUUCUAGAGUCAGUUGAUGCAUCAAAUCAAGUCCAUAGUGCAACAAUGCUUGCUGAUUUGCUACAGGAGAAGAUUGAGGACAUUGGAAAGGACAAUGUUGUUCAAAUUGUGACCGACAAUGGUGCUAACUACAAGGCUGCUGGUAAGAUCUUGAUGGAUAGAAUUCCCACACUGUUUUGGAGUCCUUGUGCUGCACAUUGUUUGGAUCUGAUGUUGGAAGAAAUUGGGAACUUGAAGGCAUUCAAGAAACCUAUUGCACGUGCUAGGCGUGUCACCACAUUCAUUUAUAGGCAUGGGAGGCUUCUUAGUGCAAUGAGGGCUCAAACAGGUGGGACUGAUCUUGUUAGGGCAGCAAAGACUCGAUUUGCCACAUCAUUUCUGACAUUGAAGAGUUUGUACAAGAACAAGGAUGCCUUGAAGAGCUUGUUUGUUAGUGAAGCAUGGACUGGGAACAACUUGUGUACAACUGCAGCAGGUCAACAAGUGCAAGACAUUGUGCUAUCUACUGAGUUUUGGAACUCAGUAGAAGAUUGCCUAAGAGCUUCAGCACCACUGUUAAUUGUUUUGAGGGCUGUUGAUGGUGAUGAGAAGCCUGCAAUGCCAGAGGUCACAGCUCUGAUGAAUCAUGCAAAAGAUAGGAUAAAGCAAAGCUUCAAUAUACAAACCAAGCAGGGCCUGCUCAAGAAAAUUAUGGACAUUAUUGAGAAGCGUUGGGUGAACCAAAUGGAUCAUCCACUGUAUGGGGCUGCACUAUAUUUGAACCCAAGAAAAAUUUUUCCUCUUCUAAAAGCUAAUGACGAUGCCACUGUUGGGCAGUUAAGAGGCUAUUUUAUUGAAGUGCUUGGAAGAAUGAUACCAGAUGUGAAAACACAAAUGAAGAUCAAUAGGCAGGCCAUUGAGUAUGAAGAGCAACGUGGUGAUGCCUUCUCAAACAAAAUGGCAAAGGAAAGCUAUGACAAAAUGAGUCCUCUUGAUUGGUGGCGUUCUUAUGGUGGCCGAGCCAUUGAACUACAAAGACUUGCUAAGCGCAUAAUGCAUACAAAGAAAAGGAAUAGGCUGCUGCACAAGAGAUUGAAUGAUAUUGUGUUUGUUUCAUACAAUCGGAAGAUGAGAACAAGAUUUCAGCUUACGCGUGAGAAGGCAGGCAAGAAAUAUGACCCUUUGGUCAUUGAGGAGUUCAAUUGGGACAAUGAAUGGGCUGAUUCAUUGCAUGUGCCCAUUCCGAGUGCUCGAGGGUCUGAUGCUGUUGAUGAGCUCACAUGGCAGCAUGUUGAUGAAGCCACAGGUGCAUCACAAGCACUGCGGGGGCGUAAUCUUCCUAGGAGAGCUACUGCUACUCUACAUUAUAGUCGUUCGAGAAAUGUUCCUGUUCCAGCUGGUGAAGAUGGAGAAGAGGAAGAUGAAGUUGAAGACCCACAUGAUGAUGCGGAAGUGAGCGACUGUGAAGAAGAUGGCAAUGUUCCUGCUACUGAACAAGACAAGGCUGCUGAUCCUGAUGAGUUUGAUGAUGGAUUUUGA